AAAGUUGGACCGAAUGCCUGACGGUUGUUUUCCAACUUUUGUUUGGGCUUUGCGUAGUUAUUCUUCUUUCUACUUUUAACGAGCUCUGAACAGUUCAUCGCCAUUUUGCAAUUGGAAAUUGUUACUUACCUAUAAAAUUUAAAAAGCAGUUUGAAAUUUGGUGAGAGAAAUCAUAACCAAAAAUGGAUUCAUCGAAUUUGGGUUCAGUCCCUGAAGAAGAGCAGCAUCGAGAAGAGAGUAACAAGCCGGUUGUUUCUGCCUUUGCCUCGCUUCCCGAUCGCCGUCCAACUAAGAGUUCUGAGAAAUACUCACCUUUAGAUUGGUCCGGCUUUUUUGAUCGAGAGGAAGAUGUCUGCAUACCAGAUUCAAAUGAUGUCUUUCAUUUAUAUAUGGCAGGAACAGAAGGACCAGUUGUUUUUUGUCUACAUGGGGGCGGCUACUCUGGGCUCUCAUUUGCUCUGUCGGCUAGUAAAAUUAAAGAGAAAGCUAGAGUGGUUGCCAUGGACCUUAGAGGGCAUGGAAAAUCAUCCACAGAAAAUGAUCUUGAUCUAUCUAUUGAGACUAUGUGCAAUGAUGUUUUUGCUGUUUUGAAGGCAUUGUAUGGAGAUUCUCCACCUGCGAUUGUGCUUGUUGGCCACAGCAUGGGAGGCUCAGUUGCUGUACACAUUGCUGCAAAGAAAACAUUGCGUAGUUUAGCUGGUUUGGUGGUUGUGGAUGUUGUAGAGGGAACAGCAAUGGCAUCAUUAGUUCAUAUGCAGAAAAUCCUCUCUGGCAGGAUGCAGCAUUUUUCAAGUAUUGAGAAAGCGAUUGAAUGGAGUGUUAGAGGAGGUUCUUUAAGAAAUAUUGACUCUGCUCGUGUAUCCAUUCCUACCACUUUAAAGUACGAUGAUUCAAAGAAUUGUUAUGUCUACAGAGCACGGUUGGAAGAAACUGAACAAUAUUGGAGAGGCUGGUAUGAAGGCCUUUCAGAAAAAUUUCUAUCUUCUCCUGUUCCAAAGCUCUUGCUUUUAGCUGGCACCGAUAGACUGGACAGAGCGCUCACAAUAGGUCAAAUGCAAGGCAAGUUUCAAAUGGUGGUUGUUAGACAUACAGGGCAUGCUAUACAGGAGGAUGUACCCGAUGAAUUUGCUACCUUGAUAAUCAAUUUUAUAUCUCGUAACCGCAUUGGGCCUCAUGGAGUUGAGAUCCCAGGACUUGCUCGGCCGAAGCCAGCACAAGCCCAAGGCCAAUCACCCGCACAAACAAAAUCAUGAAACAGUCGCAAUGAUGAACGUUAUUAGCUGCUGACAAACUUCGUUCUAUGGUCUUGGCUAGCUUUAAACUCGUGCACUUUCUUUUGUUUACUUGCAUUGCAUGGGACUAUUUUAAAGCUAGAGUAGCGGAAAAGGAAAAAGUGGAGUUAUCACGUUUUGAUAAUAAUGGGUAUUAAUAUUAUGUGAUAACCAAAAACACCUAAUCAAGUGAGAUCUCUGCUAUAUAUAAAAUAGUCUUAUGUAUGUUAUCUGGUUGAGGAGAAUUGAGUUUUCCAUUUCCUUCCCCUUAUGUUAUGUGGUAUAAAUGAAGUGAUUCAUACGGCAAAA